UCUCGCGUAUUAGCUUAGCUCGUAUGUGUGCCUCGUAACCCUUACGUUUACCACAGUUAUUUGUGCAAGUUAAACAUGCAAUUCAUUGGAAUAACGUAUUUACGGUUUUACUAAUGGGCGGAUUCCUCGGAAAAUGCGAUUAAUCAAUCUAAAUAAGGAAAAAAUUAACAAAUUCAAUGGACUGAGAAACUAGUUACAAAAUAAAAGGAACACGCGAGUUCGUCUAUUCAAGACUCCCCUCACUGUACGUGAAGUUAAUUAAUGCGCUGCGUUAACCGAGUCUAUGGUCGAGGUCUGCUCUGAGAACAGCUGCUAAAUUCGCUACUGCCGCACAUCGAAACCGUUUCAACCUGUCGCGAAUGCACGAUAUCAGCUUCAAUUCGCUUCAUUGUCAUUCCAUAACGAGAAUUCAUCCGACUCGAUAGAAGAAAAAAAAGAUACGGGUUUCAAUUAUUUUUUUCCUUCUCUCUUCAGUAUUAAUGUUCAAAUAUUAUAUUGAAUAAGUUUUAUCAUGUUGAAUUGAUGAUGGACCACGAGCUGCUGUGAAAGAAAAAAAAAGAACAACGUUUCUUUAAAAAAUUGUUCAUUGUGAUUGGUGAGUUGUGCAACAUUACAGCGCCAUUGAACGUGCUCUUGGAUUUAAAAUGUGUUCAUGACGCCCGAUGAUAAUACCAUCUGAAAUUGAAGAGCUGUGUUGCUGCCGGUGCGCCGCGCUCGUGUCAUCCUCGGCAAGGACGGGGAGAAAUCCCGUGUUUUUUCCCCCCUUCGGUUUCUUAAACAGCACCAAGGAUUUAUUUCCAACACCCGUCAUCGAUGAUGAUGAAGAUGAUCGUGAAGGGGGGCCUGCACCCCAUCCCUGGACUACCGCGCCUCCGACACGACCACAUACCGUCUGUUGGUGGCGUCAUUCUAGCCAAGGUGACCAUUAUUCUAAUGAUUUGUUUGUACACGUGUUGGUGUUAUAAAUCAUGUUAUGGGGGGGGGGGUCUAUUUUUUUUUAUAUGUCUUAUAAAUAUAGAUGUGAUUUGUUAUUUUAACAUUUGUUAGUGUGCCUUUGUUGGUCAUCGAAUGCAUAACGGAGAUCAGGUCAUAGCUAUGAGAUUUCAUAACUGUGAGAUGUCAUAACUGUAAGACGUCGUAACGAUGAGGUGUCGUUGUUAUGAGAUGUCAUAAUUAUGAGAUGUCAUAACUGUAAGAUGUCAUAACUAUAAGAUGUCAAAUAACUGUAAGAUGUCAUAAUUACAAGAUGUCAAAUAACUAUAAGAUUCCAUAACUACAAGACGUAUGUUCACAUAAAGCUCUAUGAAAUUUCAACUUCUUUUCGCGGAUGACGUUAUUUUGCGGACUGAUUUUUAAAAAAAAAUACAAUGGUACCCCGGCCUACCGACCACCAGGCAUGUUGACCACACGGCCAUGACCUGCUCACCAUCCGGAAUGUUUUGUAAAACAUUUUUAAACAACUAAUGGACAUUGCUUCAAGUGAACACAGACAUUGCUUCAAGUGAACACAGACAUUGCUUCAAGUGAACACAGACAUUGCUUCAAGUGAACACAGACAUUGCUUCAAGUGAACACAGACAUUGCUUCAAGUGAACACAGACAUUGCUUCAAGUGAACACAGACAUUGCUUCAAGUGAACACAGACAUCUUCUGCGGGCACUGUUUUAAAUCAACGUCUAUGGCAAAUUGGUUUUUUGUCUGACAGUACACACACAAAAAAAUAAAAAUAACUAAUUGAACCGUUUUUUUAUACCUCAGAAUUUGUUAAGCUCUAUCCACGGCAUAUCAACAUCUGAGUGUAUACCACAACCUCCAAAACUAUACCCGAAUAACUGCCCUUACCAGCACUUUGAUGUAUAUUUUUUGCAAUUCUUAAGCAGCCUAAAGCAGUGUUUCCCAACCCUUUUUGUGCCAUGCCCCACCUUACCAUUUCUAAAAUUCGUAUGGCCCCUAUGCGGUAUACCAAUAUUUUUUUAUUUUCAAAAUUUGAAUUUUCCUCAACACUUCAAACGCUUAUUUUAAAUUGAAACAAUUCGCCUUUUAAAAUACAAGUUAAAUCGUAGUAGACUGUGGGUUUUCAAAAUUUAGGCAGCUUUCUUUUUUUCAAAGUCCUCCCAUUAACAAUCAAUUGUAGGCUCCACUUUGGGACACACUGAGCUAACACCUUUGUUACAACUGAACUGUGGUGGCGAACCUAUGGCUCACCCGGCGUGUGGCAGAGGUUAAGCAGAGUUCCCUGGGUCGGCACUCAAGUUUGAGAAUAUCAGUAUUCAGGUUUAAUUAAAAUGUUCGCCAUUCCCAUAAUUCUAAUAGACUAAAUCAAAACCGUAUUUUUUUAAAAUACUGUUUCUUUGCUGCUCAGUGCUCGUCUCUCUUCUGAUGAUCAAUUCCUUGACCAUUAAUGCUGUGACCAUCUAUUCCCUGGCCAUCAAUUCACUGACCAUCAAUUCUCAUACCAUCUAUUCCCUGACCACCAAUUUACUAACCAUCAGUUGUCUCAAUAUCAAUUCCUCGACCACCUAUUCCCCUGACCAUCUAUUCCCUGGCCAUCAAUUCACUAACCAUCAAUUCUCAUACCAUCUAUUCCCUGACCAUCAAUUUACUAACCAUCAGUUGUCUCAAUAUCAAUUCCUCGACCACCUAUUCCCCUGACCAUCUAUUCCCUCGCCAUCAAUUCAUAUACCAUUAAAAUCCCUGACCAUCAAUUCUUUCUCAGACCAUCAUUCCCUGACCAUCUCUGUGACCAUCAAUAUCUCAACAUCAAUUCCUCACCAUCAAUUCUUAUACCAUAAAAUCCCAGACCAUCAAUUCUCAGACAAUCAAUUCCCUGACCAUAAAUUUACUAAACCACCAAUUGUCUGAAUAUCACAUUCCCUGACCAUCAGUUCUCAGACCAUCGACUCCCUGACAUUUUAUUUAACACUGUAACGUAAAAUAACUACUUAGAAGUCGGACAUUCGGAAAACACGAGUUUCGGUUAAUUAUUUAAAGAUGUCACCGGGUUAUUUUUGUUGUCCGAAGACAGCGUGUUCAGCACCAUCAACAUUUUGCCCACAUAAGUUGAUUACUAGCGACACCCUUUGGCCGAUCGAUCUGAGGAGGGGGAAAAGGCAACAUCAGCUCUGAUUGUUACCGGCCAGAAUUGGUUUCGGCGCUUGGAUGAGGUGCCCGUCUCGCCCCCAUCCCCUGAGGACCCACUUCUUUUUCUUCUCUCUGCUACCCAUCACCUAAGGCACCAACGCUUUCGUUCGUUUUGAGACACCCAAUACGGAUCUUGUUUUAAUCACGAAAUGGAAUGUUUUAUGGGAAAAUAUAAAGACAUGUAAUUGUGCGUGGAAACUUGAUUGUUUAAUAACUUGAUCAUAAACUUUUGAUGACAGACGCCCCUACCCCCCCCCCCUUUUCAAAUGACCAGGGUCCCCCACCUACACCAACGCGAGGAUCCGUGGAGGCCCCACAAUGAGAAUCCUCUCUGCUAUUAGGUACCUAAAAAGAGCUCGAGGUAUACAUUUCGUGAAUGCACUGCCGUCUGGCCAGGCCCAUGUGCCGCAGGCCAGGCCCAUGUGCCGCAGGCCAGGCCCAUGUGCCGCAGUACAUUAAUUGUAUGUAAUUUUCGGAAAUGUCACGCCAGCACCAACUGGCGACGAAUACAGCGGGGUUUUUGAGUAAUUGCUGCUCAUUACUGCCAUGUCCUGCUGAACGGGUACCCUUUCCUCAUUAACAGAAACACGUGUCACCCCCUAGAACCCAUUCAAAAACAAACAACAUUCACUGAUACACAACUGAAAGGCCCACCCGUACUAAUAAAACAAGUGACUAACGUAAGCGAAAGUAUUUUCUUUCUAAUUUUUUUUUAAAAUGGAACUCGUAAUUUUUUACCCUGCUGCAGUACCAUUACGUGACGUGUGCGUAUUUGUACUCGGCACAGAGGUACAGCUGCAUGCACUCCAAGCUGUGACUAUAGCUCCUCCCCCGUUUAUUUCCACCAAAUCUGAUAGGGCUAACGGAUUUUUGCUGGGGGGAGGGGGGAUAAUAAGACAAAAAGGGGAUGUAUAAUGACCGAAUGGAGUGGGGUAAUUUAGAGUGAUUACUCUUUGGCAUUCAAGAGAAUCGUAUAUGACUGUACUUGAAACUGGCAUUGCUUUCAGUCACAUGUAUAAUAGUCAUUGGAUGCCACCACUUGUAGUGUAUCCACACUCUGGGGUUGAAGCUAGUCGUUGUGCUGUUAUUUAAAUUCGCAGUUUUUACUAUACAUUCAGAUAUGUGGGUAAGUUUCCAGUACAUUUCCUUUCAAGGUCAAGACCAUGCCUUGAAAUGAUAAAUUUAAAUAAAAAACGAUACCAUAUGUAUGAUAGUCAUUGGAUCCCACCACCUGUAGUCUUUCCCCAAUCUGGGGAUGAAGCUAGUCACUGUGCUGUUGUUUUUUUUAAAUUAACAGUUUUAAACUAAACUUUCUGGUAUGUGGGUAUGUUUCCAGGACAUUUUCUUGCAAGAUCAAGAACAUGCUUUGAAAUGAUCGUUGGAAAGAAAAAAAAAAGAUUCCCAUAUGUCUUUCCUUAUGGGCUGUUAUGGGACUUAGAAUUGGUUCAGCUCAACAAAGUCAAAUUCAGUCAAGAUUGUUCUAGUUGUUGUGCAUUAUUAAAUAAUGCAUUGCUGAGUAAUACCCCACAAAUUUAUUGAAUCUUAUAUUCAAUUUUAUAUUUGUCUUUUCCCCAGCAUAUGGUCCAGAACCAAAUGACUCCGACGUAUUCAUACCCUCAGGCCAGCCUUGAGGAGUACCAUCAGGCGGUUGCAAGUCAGGCAGCGGCAGCAGCAGCAGCAGGGUCGGCAGCCACCCUGGCUGGGAUGCAAGGUGUGGCAGUGUCAGCCAUCACCUCAGAGCCCAGCGGUCAGACCAUCUACACAACAACACCAAUCACCUCAAACGGUGCUGCUGCAGACCAACAAGCGGUAGGUUUUUCUUUCUAUUUUUUUUUUCUUUUGCAACUUUAAUUUUCAUCUACAAGUUCUUCCAACAAUUAAACAGAUCUGAAUUUUUUCUUUCCUAGUGUUUUUCAAUUAAUUCAUACUUAAAUAAAAGCAUCAGCAAUUUACAUGUAAUAUCUGAAUCCAUUCACAUUUUUGGGGGAGGAAAAAAAACAGGAGAGUGGGGGGGGGGGGGUGUUUAAAAAAAUUUGAAUAAAUUAAACUUGAGGCUUUGAAAAGAUUUUUAUAUGGAUAUAAAUUAAUUAUGAUUACUGUUCCUGUUCUAAUCUACUGUUAAUUUUUAGCUUGAUUAUGCAUGUGUCCUUCCAUUUUGGGACAUGGCAUUUUGUAAAUACUGUUUUGAAACAAACAUUUAUUUCUGUUUGCGUGCACAUAUUUAUAUACUUGCAUGUGUUGGAAGUAUUCAGUGUCUAUAAUUAUUAAACAGGGCAAAAUUGAUUUUUUUUAAACUUGACCAUCAUGUCAUGCUGUACACAAGUUUGCUACUGUGAAUUUGUGUUAUCGUUUCUUGUUAUUAGCACAUACAAUUAUUUUGAUCUAAAAUAAUGUUGAUUCUUGGUAAAGAGAGCUGUCAAUAAAAAUUAAUUUAAAUGAUUAAGGUGUGGUUUCUUAGUGUUUGAAGCCUUCAAAAUAUAACUUGGCACAAAAGACCAGUAUUAAAAAAAAAAAAAAAAAAAAAAACUAGGUAAUUAGAAUAGUAUAGAAUCUUUUCAUACAUAAAUGGGCUGGCUAUAUACUAGCUAUAUACUGCAUGCAAACCAUAUUGAUUCAUAAUUAUUUUUAUUAUUUCAAGUUAAUUUUUUAAUGAUCAGUUAUAACGCUUUCCUGCCAGAUUUCGCACAUUUUCUCUGCAUAGUACUCACUGUAACGAAAUUUCCCUUUCAUAAAUUUUUUAUGUGUAUGCCACUCUUAGAAAGCUUGUUUAAUGUCAGCACAUCCCUUUUGGAAUUAAUGUCAGCACAUCCCCUUGGCAUCAAUGUCAGCACAUCCCUUUUGGCAUUAAUGUUAGCACAUCCCUUUUUGGCAUUAAUGUUGUAUUUUUAAAAGAAGAUAAUGGACUAGAACUUACACAAAAAAUAACUAAAAUUUCUUUUAACAAGACAGUAGCUUUUUAACUAGACUCUCCACCGCAGAUUUUUAAAAAGCAUAUAGAAAGAUAAGUUUUUUUUUAAAUUUUAAUUAUUGAAUUUAAUAAAUAAUUGAUUAAAUACCAACUAAAUUGUGUUUAAAAAAUUGACUUGAAAAAUAUAAAUUAGUUAAAUAAGUAAAAUAACAAGAUACAAAUGAAUGAGUGAUUAAAUAAUUAUACUCAUUUUAUUAUCAAAAAAUCCAUGAACAAGGAAGUAAUUUCUAUCAAGUUUGAGUGAGCAAAAAUUUGGAGUCAAAAUAUAAUUCCAUUGAUUUUUUUUUUACUUAACAGGUUAUUUUUAUUUAAAGCAGGCUAUUUAGUUUUACUAAGUUAUAUUUAAUAAUUUUAUUGGUUUAAAGAUCAGGGCAAUCAGCUACAUUUAAAAGAGAAAUGUAGAUUUUUAUAUUAGGCUUCCCAACUCUGAUGGGACCUCAUCUUUAUGAAAGGAAUCUAGAAUGGAUUAGGGUGCUUUUUAAAAAAUUGCCUGAGCCUCCAAUGAAAUUAUUAAAAUAAAGAAUUGACAGUUAAUGAAUCCCCCAAUUUUUACCAGGAUUGCAUGCUUUGUGUUCUUAUAACUGGACUUACAUAUCUGGUUUGAGAAUUUAAGCAUGAGCUAAUCACAUUAAUACUAUUCACAAUUUUUUUUUAAAUAAGGAAAAUGGCUUCAUGGUUUGGUUGACUUGAUGCUUGCUUAUUAUUUAAAAUUAUUUGUUGACAAAAAUUUAGCAAAUUCUUUCUCUAUCUAAAUUUGGGAAGUUAAUUAAUUGUUUGAUUGUUUUGCGUCCCUUUUUGUCAUAAGUUUAUUCAAAGCAUGGAUUAAUAGAUUUAAUAUCUUUUAAACACAUUUUUUUUAUUCCUAAAAAAAAAGUUGUCAUUAAAAUUUGAUAAAAAGGAUCCAAUCUGCUUUCUUCUUAACAAGUCUAUGCGAUGAAAUAAUGAGCAAUUAUUGUAAAAGAAAACAUUUCUUAAAGAAAGCAACUUAUUGGAAAAAAAUUUGUAUAAUUCCUUUCUGAAAAAUGAAUAUUUUCAAUUGUCACCAUCCUAACAAAUCUAUUUUAUCAAUGUUAAUCUUAUAUGUUCAAUUUCUUGGUUUUUUUUAGUUUAAUUGUUUGUUUUUUUUGGAGCCCCAGAUGUCAAUACUGUGUUUGACUGUGUUACUAUGAAAUGAGAUUUAUCAUAUCUAUUGCAUUUAAACUGUUUGCCAAUUUUGCUGUGUUUGUUGAGAUGUAGUCAAUGUCCUAAUAUUUCCUCUUCAGUUCCUGAGAGAGGCACAUAAAAGCCUCUGGCUGAGGGACCUCAAAGCAGUGUCCGAGGUUUGCAUUAGUAUUACACAAUUUUGGUUGGGUGUUCUAGUUAUUACAUAUCUGCUUGCUUUCCUCUUUCCAUGCAGUACUGCCAAACAGCAUAAAUGCCUGCUGUUUUUUUUUGUUUUUUUUUGUUGGUCUAACUUGAUUGGUUUUGAAUGCAAAAGAUUUAUAAUUGUUUAGGAUGAAUAAAAUACAGGUUUUUUAAAUACAUCGUCUUUCUGUAAGUUUUUAAAAAUUUUCUGUUAAUGAUGAGAAAAGGAAUGCUCAAGUUUUGGUGAAUCUUUAGUUAAGCAAGUUUUUUUUUUUUGGUUGAGAAGUGAUUAUAGUGUGUACUGAGCACUUCACUGUAUUUGAAUAGUUUACCUUAGUAGAAUGGCAGUACUGCUUUGUAUUUAAUUACUUAAUGUGCAUUUACUUCUAUUAACUGUAGAUUUCUUUAUAAUAAAAUUGUGUGCUGGUAUCUAACCCGGUUAAAAAAAAAUGUUUGAGCUCAGUUUGCAUCAAAUAAGGUAAAGCUAUUUCCCCCAUUUAAGUUUUAUAAUUUUGUUUUUAGUGUUUUUAAAGCAGUUUUAAAUGUGUGCUUAGAUCAAUCAGUUUGAACAAAAAAAAAAUCUAAUAUUUUUUUCUUAAUCUUCCCUGUUAAGCCCAACAUAUAUAAAAAACCAAAAUUGAGCUAACAUGCAUUUCAUUAAUAAUUCUUAACUGCUUACUGUAAGAACUUUAUAAAUUAAAUUGUUCCUCUGUCUCUCUCACUCACUCAGUGAUAAAGGAAAAAAAAAAAAAAGAAUACAGAUUAAUUUUUUUAUUUUCUACUUCUUUGUACCUUUAGAAUGUAAAGUUGUUGUAUAUUUCAAAGUGUUAUGGUCUUUUUAAUAUUAAAUAUUAUUUAAUGAUUGUCUACUUUUCUUAACUUUAACUAAGCAAAAAAAAAAACCCCCAAAACUUGCUUUAACAAUACAGCUGAGAAAUUGUUUUAUUUGGAGUGCCAGAAAUAGUGGGAAAUUAAAUUUCAUUAAGUUCUAAUAAAUGUUUACUUUCCAGAACAAUUUUAUAUCUACUUUAAGUUUAAGAUGUUACUGGCCUAAAUUAUAUAUUUUAAACUAUAAUUUUAAAAAGAAAAUUAUCAAAAGAAUUUAAAAAAAACGCAUAUUGAUUUAAGUUUUUACAACAUGUAAAUGACAAUUACUGUCAUAAUUAAUUAAUAUUGAAAAGCCAAGAAGUUAGUUGCCAGUAAAUCACUGGCCUCCAUCUUGAUUCAGUUAAACUUUAAUUAUGUAAUUUAGACUACUUGUUAAUUAUUUUGGUUUACAAUGUUGCAUUUUUUCAUGUGCUUUUGGUAUGGUUCUUUCUUAACAAAUAAUUUGAACACCCCGUGUUUGUGUGUUCUUAUGAAAUUAUAAAAUGUAUUUCAUAAUCUUUUUUCUUUUUUUCUAACUGUUCCCUUCUACAUUCAUAUUGUUUUUUUUUAAAAGUGUAUACAAAUGUUGAAUCAAUUUUUUAAUUAUGAAUAUAAGAUGACAGAAUAAUUAUGCGUAGUUAUUAAACAUCUUUUAAUCCAUUGUUAAGAUAAUUACAAUUAUUAAAAUUGAGAACAAAGCUUUAAGCCAUAAAUUAACAGAUUCAUUAGGAUAUUUUUGUAGAUAAUAAAUUGUGGUCAUGGUUGAAGUAUAAAAUAAUAUAAAGCAUAAAUUUAAGCAUAUUCUCUAAUCGUACUGUUUUCUGUUUCUUUAGAAUGAACUCCAGUCUUCUGAAGGUGAUGUCAACUCAAUUCCUCCAACGAGUGGUGCCAUUUCUCCAAAUACAGGUCCAAAAAGAUUACACGUCUCCAACAUACCAUUCAGAUUUAGGGAAGCUGAUCUCAGACAGCUGCUUGGGGUCAGUAUAAAUGUAUAUAUAAAUUUCCACUUUUCAAACAUAAAUAGUUAAUCACAUUCUUAAUAGUUAAUACAUUUAGUUAGAUGGAGUUGAAAAUAAAAGUUUCUGGGUUAUAAUAAUAAAUAUGAAGUUAAAAUUAGAGCUGGCUGCAAUUAAUACGGCAGACGUUUUUGGUUAUAUUUUCUCCCAAGGCCUUAAAUCAGUAGUUCUCAACCUUCCUAGUGCCGCGACCCUUUAAUACAGUUCUCGUGUUGUGGCGACCCACAGCCACACAAUUAUUUCCGUUGCUUCUUCAUAGCUGUAAGGAUAUGUGUUUUCAUAUGGUCUUAGGCAACCCCUGGAAAAGGGUCGCGCAACCCCCAAAGGGGUUGGGACCCACAGGUUGAGAACCGCUGCCUUAAAUCAUUGGUUCUAAAACUAAAACUUUAUACAACUUCCUUUUAAUCAAACAUAAGGUUGAGAUACUUUCAACUAAUUAAUUUUAUUUACGCCAACAUUUAUUCACUGACUGCAUCAAAAGGCAUGCCAAAUUAUCUUGAUGGGACCAUUCCUGAUCAUCCCAUCUGUUUAUAAGUCGUGAUUACUUUGAAAUGAACAUGUUUUCCUCUGCAGGUCUUUCUUUCCUGUUUUAAUGUUUCAGUCCUUGGGUGCAUUGUUUCUAUUACUACAGAGCUCAAAUUAUCAAAAUAUCUAUCUAUCAAAAUAACAUUGUAUUUACAAUCAUUGCUUUCAACUUUAAUGUUUAUCAAGAAAAGCAUAUUUAAAGCAAGGAGAAAAACAAUAAAAGGUGUAUAGUUAAAAGCAUCUUUUUAAAUUGAAAAAUGUUAGCAAAAAAAUAAUCUGCAUGUUUUGGUUGAUACGUUUUUGGCUAAGGCCCCUUUUCUAAUAAUGUGAAGCAACAGUUUUCUUUCAAAUUAAUUUAAAUGAGAACAAGAUAACACUCAAAAUUGUAAACAUUAUUGUCAGCACCCUUUGAAUAACUAUGUAAUUUCCCAUUAGUAAGUUUUCCUGUAAAAUUCAUUUAACAUUGUUAAUAGUCACAUCCAGCCCUGAAACUAUUUGGGUGAAAAAAUGAAUGUUGAAUGAGAAUAUACCAUUAUAUUUUUAAAAAUGUAACUGCCCUUUGCUGUGGACAACCCAACACAAAAUUAAUCCCAUAACCCAACACAAAAUUAAUCCCACUUCCUUGUUAAAGGGCAAUCAUCUCAGUAUAAAAAGCUUUCUGUAUUGAAGUAACAUAUUCAUGAUCCCUUUCUCUGUGUAAAAAAUUUUCCUCACUUUUUAAAUUCAACUCUCAGACUCGUUAUUGAUAAAAUAAAUAUAAGAUUAGCUUUUAAAAAGAGUUUAGAACCAUUUUAAAUUAAGAGCUACCUGCAUUCAUUUUAUUUAGGGAAAAGUUUUUUUAAACAUUGACAGGUUAAUUUUGAUAAAAUAAUCAAAUUUAGGUAAAGUUUAUAUAAAAAAAAAAAAAAGAAUUUUCUAAGACCCUUUUUAAAAAUACCUUUGCAGCAGUUUGGUACAAUCUUGGAUGUGGAGAUCAUCUUUAACGAAAGGGGCUCAAAGGUGAGUGUUAAGCCAGAUAAAUUAAAAUAUCUUGACCAUGAUCUAUUUGAAAUGAUCAAGAUGGCAACAUCACAGCAAGUUUAUGGGCAAUGACAGAAAGUCUGGUUACAGAUUAGGCUACAUACUGACUUUUUUCCCCUUGGUAAAGAAUUUACCAUAAUUCAAUCUAGGCCAUGAGUCAGACACAGGACUGGCAUUCUGACAGUCAAGGUUUCUAACCCUUGCAACACCUACUGUAAACAUCCACAUAAUUAACCAGCUCACUAUGAAUGCUUAUCAAAGCAAAAAUAGUUGGCUGAAGCCUACAUGACAGGUCCAUGGUGGCUGAAGACAUGGUGCAAAGACAAAAACGUGUUAUAUACCUAAAAAUGCUCUAGUUAUCAGAAAACUUGAAAAAAAUUUAGACAUAGUAUCCUGAUGUUGUUAAAAGGAAAUAAUGAAAUAGAAAGCUAAUUUCAUUCAGGAUUGCAUACAUACAUUUGCUGUGAUGUUAAAUGGAAAGUGACAUAUUCUUUAUUAUUUAAAAAAAAAUUAGUAUGUAGAGGGAGGACAUUAAAAUAAGAAUUAAUUUCUUUAAAUUAAAUUUGACGAAAUUAUCAUGGAGAUAAAUUUAACAAAUUGAAUUUGUCAUUUUUCAUCAACAUUUUACUUCCAUUCUUUUUUGUGUGUGUCAGAACAUUAACAAAUAUUAUCGCUUGGGGGUAAAAAAUUAAAAUAUAAAUUAUAAUAUACUACACUUCAUUACUUUCAACGUAAGUAGAAGGAAAUAUCAGUUAUUGUUUUAAAAAAAUAUAUUUUUCCAUAAUUGCAAACACAAGAAAGAAUGAAAGGCUCUUAUUUUAAAAGGUGCUUAUAUGAAUAUUACUAAAUCUGCAAGGGUUUUUGACAUAAACUUGAAGUUACUAUUAAAAGCAUAAUAGUAAAUUAAAAUUAUCAGCUAGCUCAGUGGUUCCACAAAAAAUUGGUAGGGAACAACGGUUUGACACAAGAUGGGAGCAUGUGGGAGGAAGUGAUUUUAUAGAAUACCAUCAAGGUUUUAAAAUUCCAUUCCAAAGAAACUUUUUUAAGAUAUUUUUUUUACAACAUGUGAUUCAAAUAGGACACAUGCUUCAGAUUUUAUUUCCUGAUAUGAUAAAUCUGUUACAUCAAAUAAUUAGGUAUUGAACGUUAAUAAAUUAUAGGCUUGAAAUAUAACCAUUAAAAAAUUCAUUUUAUACCAUAUAAAAAUAAAGUCUAUCACUAAGUCAGUUAUUUUGGGAUGGUUGUUUCAUUUUUCAUUGGAUGUAGAACAAAGCAUAUAAAUUGCAUUGAGGCAAGAAAGUUAAUUAUUUUAAAAUGUUGAAUUAAUAUCAAUUUGAAAGAAUUCUAGUGAGAAGAAAAAAAUCAGAUAAAAACCAGGAAAAGGAGUUGAAUUAAUUUUAUUAUAUAUAAAGUUUUUAAUGAAUAUAAUUGUGGGUGCUACUCUCACCAGCUUGUUUGGCAAUUGCUGAUCUAGCUAUUCUAAAAAAAUGAUUUUGGUCACAAUGAAGAUGAAUUUUAAAGAAAUGUAUAUAAUUGUAAGCUCUUGCAGGUUAAGUAAGUUAAGUUUAGUUAUGUCCUUAUACCCUGUACAGUACACCCUACACUACUUAAUGCUUUUUUCCUGUGGAAAGAUACCAAGAACUAAAAAGCUGCUCUAUUAAAUUUCAUAAUUAAAAGCAAUUGGAAAGUAAACAAGCGUAGACGUAAGGACAAAGACUGGCUGUUGAGCUAAACUGUGCUAUUGAUUAACAUUUUAAAAAAUCAGAAAUUUUAAAGCAAUUGAAAAUUUCUGCCUGUGAUUUGAAUCUGCAAAGUUGAUGACCAUUCCCAUCAGUUAUUUUCAUUGAUAUGUUUCGUUAUAUGUUAAAUCCAAAGUUUAAUCACAGCAUUAAAGAGUUUAAGGGUGUACAGUCAGCUCGAUGGAGUUUUGGAAAACAGUAAUUUAAAUUACUCAAUUUUUUAAUAUAAAAAAAAAGGGGUUGGGGGGUAUUUGAAGAGUGGGAAAAAAAUCAAUUUCUAAAUCUCCAUCAAUAAUUUGCCAUUUUAUCAUUCAUUUAUGCAAUCACUCAUGCUAUUCACACCUAUUGCCAACAAAAAAAAAAACCCAACAAGUUAUGAUUAUUAAAAAUUACACACAUAAACAAAUUUAUGUUAAAAAAUGCAACAUACAAACUUACUUGCUUGAUGAUUACUAAAAAAAAAAAAAAUUGCUCACUGAGUUAAUUAAGGUUGGGGGGUAUUUGAAGAGUGGGAAAAAAAUCAAUGUCUAAAGAUCCAUUAAUAAUUUGCCAUUUUAUCAUUCAUUUAUGCAAUCACACAUGCUAUUCACACCUAUUGCCAAAAAAAAAAAAAACCCAACAAGUUAUGAUUAUUAAAAAUUACACACAUAAACAAAUUUAUGUUAAAAAAUGCAACAUACAAACUUACUUGCUUGAUGAUUACUAAAAAAAAAAAAAAAUUGCUCACUGAGUUAAUUAGUUAUUGUGAUGAGUGUUAUUAACAAAAAUUGAGUGCAUCUCACAACCAAUCUAAUUCGCUUUUACUCACAUCAACCAGCAUUACCCAUGAACUAACAAAUAUUUAAAAUUUCAUGAUAGCCCACUCAACAUCUUUUAGCCCUAAUCUAAAAAAAAGUGUACUAUUUUUUGUCUAGGAGAUAAUAUUAUAUUUUCUUUAAAUUAUAAAUUUUAAAAAAUGUUUUUUUUUUUUGUGAGUGUUUAUUCUAAACUAAAUUAGACAAGAAAUGUGUGUGAAAGAACUAAAAAGAAAAGAAAAAAUUUGCAAAUUUUUAAAAUUUACUUUAAUGUAAUAAAGAAAAAUGUUUUAAUUUUGUUUGCUGCUUGACUGUCUUGUUCUGUGGAUGACGUGUUCAGUGUUACGGAAUGACUAAAUAUGCUGGGUGAAAUACUUUCCUAGAUGUGUGCAUUGGAAAAAUAAUUACCUUACUAAGAUCUGUGACAUUACCCUAGAAAACAUUUCGUAGUGAUACUAGUGAUACUAAUAACAUAACCUCAGACAUGAUGUGUAGUUCAAAUGUUUUUUUUUCUGCUGCAUGGUUAAUAUUUUUGCAUUUGUAAAACAUGCAGAGAUUUUUUUACAAGUCAAAUUAUAGUAUUUUUAAAAUCAGCAGUGACCUCAAUUUAAAGCUUUAUUGGAAAUAUUAAAAGGAUCUAUCGAAAUGUAGCUUAAAGAAUAAAAAAAAAAGAUUUUUAAUAAACGGUGUCUACAAAUUUUUAUAAAUCCUAUUUCAAUAUAUAAUGCAUUAGAGAAAAGUAGAGAACUCUUCAAAAGGAAGAUUAGCAAUGGUUGAAAUUAGGGUUUGGGUUUAAAGGCUAUUAAAAUAUCACCUGAAUAUGUUGCAAGUAUGUGUCUGAGUAGGACUGCCACAUCUUCUCCUUGUGACCCACCCUGAUUGAUUUCUACUGUAUUCAGUGUUAGGUGCAAUUCCAACAUCAGAAACAGAGAUUGGCAAUCUUCUCAAGGCCUUUAAAUUUACUUGCCUGUGGUAUGAUUUCUUCCUAUUGGAAACCCAAUAUUGCCUGGAACUAAUCUUGUCAGAUGUUCGAUGAAGCUAAAAUAUAAAACUAAUGUUUUGCUGCUCUUUGUUAAAUACAAGUAAUAAACAGUUUGUAAAUAAAAAUGUGCCCAGUGGCAUGGAAGCAUGUCGCUUAGUUGAGUAAGCAUGUUGUAUAAUUUCCCCCUGCUCAUGUCACGUUUCAUUACCCGGGUUUUAAAAGAAGAUGAAAAAAAUGGCAACAAUUAACUGUUUUGACGUAGUUACUGUGCUGAUUAACUAAAAAUACUAAACCAAACAUAAAAAAAACAGCAUGUAUUUAUCAUUAAAAAAUACAAAACAACACAUAUUUUUUCUCUUCCAUUCCUAACUAUUUUCCUGUUUCAGAAAAUACAAUCACACUUACAUUUAUACAUGUUUGCUACAUCAUUUGAAUUUUAAUUGUGAUACAAUCACAGACUCAAAUAAUAUUUCUAGUUAUUUUCUUUGUUUUAUAAUUAAAAAAAAGACUUAAGCAACAUUUUGACUCAGAUGACGACAUUCCUUUGUUUCAUUAUUAAAUCUGACUGUAAUUGAUGAUCAUGUUUUAAUGUUUCAUUGCACGUUUAAUGCAUGCUCCUUGUUUUCCUUAUGCAUGCAGGGAUUCGGUUUCGUAACUUUCGCAAAUAGCGGUGAUGCCGACAGAGCACGUGAGAAAUUGAACGGCACUGUGGUUGAGGGACGAAAGAUUGAGGUGCCUGCAUGUUACUUUACAUUUUUGUGCUAGCACAACUGAAAUCAAUGCUAAGUAUAUUAUCAAUGUGUUGCAGUAUGGAGAAAUGCCUGUUAAAUUUCUUUUUUUUCCCCCUUAAUAGAAUCACCUAAUAUUUUUGUCUUUGAUGGCUACGUAAAUGUUGUAUCAAAUGAUAAAAAUAUCACAUAGAUUCCCCCUUUUUCGUUUUGUGUUAAAAGUGUUAAUGUCUUGUUAUUACUGUAUCUACACAGUAAAUUUUCUGUCCGAAAUUUUUUUAUCAUGCACAAAUUGCGAAUCUUGUUAAAGCCAUAAUUUCACAAACAUUUUUUUUUCCCCAUCAAAUGUAUCCCACUGUAUCCAGGAAGAGGAACAUUGUGGCACUUAAGGCCAACUUAAGAAGGCCAAGUAUGUUUUGUUGUGCAUUUUUAUAUGUGCAAUGCUCCCAAAUGCCCCGCUACUCUGAUUGCACGCCAUGGCAAUAUUAUCAAAGUUUCUUCUUCAUUUGUAGAUCUUUGUGCAUUAUACUUUUUGUGUAUAUGGCAUUUCUUUAUGCUGAACAAAUUUUUUUUACAAAUUAUUACUGCCAGUUUCUACUAAAUUUUUAAACAAGUAUUUUUUUUCACGUCCUUUAAAAAGAAAUUAACCAAAGCAUUAAUCACAUAUUAACUGCUGCAGAAAGGUUCCAUAUUAGUUCUUUUAAUUUUCACUAGUGAAGUAUUAUGUUUGGGAACCUGGAGACAGCUGAUAUAAAGGGUAGGUUUUUUAAACAAUAUUAUCAGUUAUUGAAAAAGUAUAUGUACCUUUUUGGUUGAAAUUAAAAGCCAACAUUUUGAUGGAAAAUGGCAAUAACCACUGAACUUUGUAGCAAGAAAGCAGUCGUUAGUUUAACAAAACAAUUUGAAAGGCAUUUUUCAAGUUAGAGCUUAGAUGGCUGAGGCCAAUUGACAUAGAAUUUUUUAUUCAAGUCUACAUUUUUAUUUGUUAAUUCAUAAAAAUUAGGUAUACAGUUUGAAAAUUAUAGAUUAGUUAUAUGCAAUUUAAUCUUAAAAUGUUAACAUGUCAACUGAGUUUGUUAUGAUGACACAGUAAAAAAAUAUUUUGAACAAUUUUUAUCCAGUUUUUUGUUAAAUACAUUUUUAAAAAAAUAUUAGCUUUUAAUUUGGAAGUUUAAGAAGAGAUGAAAAAAAUCAAUCUACUUUUGUUAUCAUAACAAACUAUAAUUGGCAAUGAUAGAAUUAUUAGUUUUAAAAAAAUAAUUAAAACAAUUUUGGAGUUACAAAUCUUACCCAGAGGGACCCAAUAUCCAAAUUUGCCACUGGAGUUUUCUUUUCUGAGGAAAAGCUUUCUAAGUUACUCAUUUUUAGCCACAACUAUUUGGUUUCUACCUAAAAAAAAAUUUUUUUUAAAAUCUUUUCUUGGAUAAGGGGAUUGUUUUAUUAUGAAAGUUUCAUUUUCAACAAAAUAAAAUUUGGGUCCCUCCUGCUAAGGUUGUAACCAGAACUGCAUUUUGAUUGGCAUUUGAUUUUGACCCAAACCAAUGAUUCUGUGCUAGGUUAACAAUGCAACUGCACGGGUCAUGACCAAAAAGGUGCCCGCCCCCACACUAUCUACCGGUAAGAUAUCAAACACUUUCCAUGUUAGGUGACCACUGGUCUGCAUUUUUUUUUUUUUUUUUUUUUUCGUUUAAACUUCUAUCUCUAUCCUUACUAUUCAUCAUAUAUUUUUAUGCCAAUGCAAGUUUCAAUUUUUGUGCUUAAUAUAAUAAAUAAUUAAAAAUUGGUUUACUAAAUUAUUCAGUUAUGAACAUGCUUAUCAUGUUCCAGUAAAUAGCAGUGCUUGCUUGAGUUGUGGCCUUAGAUUUUUUAUAAACUUGCAUUCCGCAUAAAAUUAAAGCAUUUAAAAUCUUUAAGUUUGUUUACCUUUUAGAUUUUUAAUUUCAAUCAAAUUAAACUCCGUUUUGCUCCAUUCAUAUUCACAUUUUCAUUUUAUUACUUUUUUAAUUAUCUUUAGGGGAGGGAGGGGUAAGACUUGGGUUUGAUAUUUACAAUAGAUUUUUUUAAGUGAGGUCAUGUUUUAAAGUUGUUGAAGCACCAUUUGGAGCAUGAUUACAUUUUCCCUCACAAAUUUUUAAUACUUUCGUCACUGUGGAGAAUGAUAGAUACAAUAUACAUUCAUCUAUAUUUUUAUUCUCCAGUCAAUUAUUCUUUUGAAAAUCUUAUUUUAAAUAUUUCUUUGCAUACAUUUUUAUUAUGUUCUGCAUUUUGGUUAUGGUAAUUUUGCUAGCCUGGCAUAUUGUCUGUAUUCUCUCUUCUCAGAGACUUUGACUAAAAGAGAGAUGAUUAACAUUCAUCCAAUAGAAAGCAUUUUCAAUUCAUUCAAUUUUUCAAAAAAACGCAGAGCAUGUUUCUCUUUUUUUUUUUUUUUUUCUUGUCAAGAUCAAUUUGAAUGAAAAACUUACACCUAGGAAUUGUUUGAAAUAUUUUUGUCAUACUCAUGUAAAAGCUUUGCUUACAUAUAAAUGUUUUCCCCUUAUGAAAAAUUAUGUCCUGCAUAAUGAUAUUUGCAUUGGAAGUUCUGGAUCAGCCACUGGGCUAUUUUGUGAAUAAUAAUUUUGUGAAAGAUUGCUCUUUGUUGGUGAAAUAACAAGAGGGUCUUAGGUUUUAGAUGGAAUGAAAGAGAGGAACAAUGUUCCUGCCUGAGCAUUCGAAUGCAACACUGACCUCCACCUCAGCGCUUCUCACCCGACAUUUUAAAAGCUUUUUACUGUAAUAACAAAAACUGAUACAUUUUUUAAAACUGUGACAGGACUUUAUUAUAUUCGAUACUGCCGAUACAUAAAAGUUUUUUUUGUAAAAAUUCCAUUAGUUUAGUAAAUCAAAGAAUUUUCCUAGAAAAAAAAAAUAUGUUUGUCAAUUAAGAUGAGGAAAAAAAUUGAAUAGCAUACUUAAGCUUAAAGAGCUGUAAAUUAGAAAUAUGGCUUUGACCAUUGGCUGAAUUCAUAGGUUUAGGCAUCUAAUACUUUUUAUUUUCUAAAACAAGAUUAAUUCAUAGUUUUUGUAAAAAGAAAAUGGCAUUUUUCUAAUUACUGAAAUGAUAUGGCCUUUGUUGUUUAAGUUGGUUUAUAUAUUAAAUGUUAUAUUAUCUCUAAUAUGGAGAUUUCAAUUUUGGAAGGCAACAUUUUUUUACCAUUCAAAUUGAUAAUUUUUGUAUUGAAAAUCUAAAAUUUGUGAUGGAAGACUGGGAAACAUAAAAAGGGAAUUUACAUGUUACUUAAAAUGAGAGGUUGAGAAGCGCUGUUCUUUUUCCCACUGUGGGUAGAAUGAAUAAUUGAAUGAUCAGUGAUCACAAUAGACAAUAUAUAAUUUUUAAAUUCCUUCUCACCCAAAAUUCAUAUUUUAAUUUCAUACCUCAUUUAUGUCCUAAAACAUUACAACCUGUUUUCACUAUUACUUUGUAUUUGUGCUUUUAUCAAAAAAAAAUUAAUGUGAACAUUUGCAUGCAAAUUUACUAGGUUCUCCCUUGCUUUUAGAUUCAGUCACUGCAGCUGCACUGAGAGGAGUUGCACUAACUAGAGGGAGGGCUGCAGCCGCUGUAGCAGCCAGGAGUCUGGGUGGGGUAUACACAGCAGCUGCUGCAGCUGCAGGCCUACGCCACCCAACACCUAUAGCUGCUCCAGCUACUGCUAUUCCAUAUGCUACGUAAGUUAAACUAGAUGUUAUGGAUUUAUUGAAACAUUCCCAUCCGGUCAUUGCAUUCACAUCAAAAAAAUUAUGCAAUACCCUGGAACCAUUUUACUAUUCCCUAGAGCAGCAUUUCCCAAUUUAAGUUUGGUGGGCAAGUUUGAAAUUUUAUCUGGGAUUGGAGGCUAAUUUAUUAAUUAUAUUUCUUUUUAUUUGACCACAAAUAUUCAUGUUGUGUGGCUCAUGUUACGGUGCCGGUUCAUGGACCACCAUUUGGGGAACACUACCCUUGAGCAUUUAGAAAUUAUUCUCAGAGAAAAGAGGAUUUAGGUGGGAGGGCGGGGGGAGGGGGGGGGGGUUGAAUUUAAACUUAUUAAUUCAUAAAUAGAAAAGUCUAAAAUUCUGGAUCUGUCAAGCCAUAGGUCCUCCAGGGCACACACCUGUGUCUAAUUAGGUAUUGCUAAAAAUUUAAUUUUAUUCUGCUAAUUUCUCAAUUUGGUGACCAAAAAGGAGUAUUACACUUUAUUCUCAAACCUUUCUAUAUCCACUUAGUGUUUAUCAAGAUCCUUUUGUGGCAUAUGACGCCUCUGGGCGAGGAUAUCAGGUAGGAAACUUUUUUGAUAGAGUAUUUAAAUUUUACUGUAUGACUGUAGAUUGUUGUAUUCUACCACAGAAAAUAUGAUUCAUUUCUUCAUAAUUUAUCAAGUUAACAGUUAUAAAACUAUCCAAUGCUAUCUCUACAAUUCUGAAUCUAUUUGGAUUGAUGACUUUUAAAGAAUGAAGCAGAGGAAGCGAGAAAACAACAAAUAAUAUAAACAGUUUAAUAAUUAAUGCAAUUCAUUUUAAUUUGUUUUGUUAAUUUAUUCUCAAUAAUGGCUAUUGAAGUUUAAAAAACUCUCAAUAAAGGCUUUUUGGAAUUAAUUUAGGCUGAAGUAAUUGCAUUGUCAAUAUUUGAUUAAAGACUGUUUCUUUCCUUAUUUUAGCUGGUAACAAGUCAGCCAUACGCAGCCGCUGCAGGUGCCUACCCUGCAGGGGCAGCCCGUUAUGCUUUCCCAGCUGCUGCUGUAGCUACACCAGUUACAUAUACUACUGCUGCAGGGUUUGUCAUCUUAAAAAAUAUUCUUAAUUAGAUCUUAUACUACCAUUUGAUUCACCUGAACGAGCAUUUACUUUUCUUCUUUAUCAUGCAAUAUGAGAUUUUAAAAAUAAAAUAGAAAUUAUUAUUUAAAUUCAUGGAUCUCUUCAGGUAUUGACAAAAGAGAACAAGAAAGUAAAUUGUUAUAGAUGUAUCCCUGCAGUUUAAGUUGUAUUAUUUAUUUGAUUUAAGCCAUUUUGAAAUGUAAUAUGUGCUGUAUAUUUCAGCUAUGGCAGAGAAUUUGCUGCUGAACCAUAUAUAGGACACAGUAUUGGGCCUGUUGCUGGUUAUGGAGUAUGUUCUUAAUAUUUUUUUAAAAUUGCUUAGAUUUUCCUCUUUUUACAAGAAAUAUGUUUUAUAAGUGUAUUUAUCAUCAAAAUCAAAUGAUUAAUAAAUCUAGUUGAAUAGUACGGAGCUUUCUAGGAUCAUUAGCAGGCUAAAUAUUGUUAUUAUUUUCAUUACAAUCCUGCAUAUUUUAUAAAUAAGUUUUUAUUCCUGUGCUGAACAUAUGCUUAUUCAUUUUAAAAUUUUCAAAAUUUACAUAAUUUAUUCUUUAAUUUCUAGGCAACAGUCUAUCGAGGAGGUUAUCAGAGGUUUGCACCGUACUAGCAUUACAAAUUUUAUUACACUGAUUACUGUUGAAAACAAGCAUUAUAAAUAAGGAGUGAAUUUUAUUGAGAAGGACUUGAAGUUGCAUCUGUUUUACCUCUCCAUGGCAGGGCAGGAGCAAACUUCCAAACCGAAAGACUAUUUCCAGGAUUCAACUAGCUCUGCUUGUAUUGACUGAAACAGGACUUCCAUUUUUUUAAAUAAAUAAAAAAAAAUUUUGUUUAAUACCAUAAAAACAAAAUAAUAUUAAAAUUCAUUUUACAUAAUGUGGGAAAGCAGCUUUCAGUGUGAUUUUAAAAUUUUUGUAAAUAUACAAUCCUCUGACUCCACAUUUAGUUUUUUUUAUUGGAUUUUUUCAAAUAGGAAGUAUUUGAGUUAUUCAAUUAAACAAUAAGCUCUUGGAUUAUGUAAAAAAAUAAAAUAUUUUAAAAGCAAAUGUCUUAUCUUAAAAAGCCAACUCCUGCCAUCUUUCUUUUUUUUUCCAUCUCCCUUGCUAACAGGAAAGUAAAAAAGUAUGUGGUGUUUUAAAAAAUUUCUUUUAACAAUAUUACAUUGGUGGAUAGUUGGCAUUUUAAUAUUGUCAUUAUUAGUUCUUUUAAUUUUAUCAUUUUUUUUUUUUUUUUGUAGCGUAAGAAUCUGUUUACAAAUACUCAAAAUAUAAGCUUUAUUUGGAACAAAUUUAUCUAGUCAAUUUGUCUGUGUAAUCUUUAAAGGAAAGUAAAAAAGUAUGUGGUGUUUUAAAAAAUUUCUUUUAACAAUAUUACAUUGGUGGAUAGUUGGCAUUUUAAUAUUGUCAUUAUUAGUUCUUUUAAUUUUAUCAUUUUUUUUUUUUUUGGAGCGUAAGAAUCUGUUUACAAAUACUCAAAAUAUAAGCUUUAUUUGGAACAAAUUUAUCUAGUCAAUUUGUCUGUGUAAUCUUUAUAUGAUUAUGAUACUGAUAUUUUUACCUCCUUCAAUCUAUAUAAUGUAUAAGAUGAAAAACAUGUUAGUCAUAGAAUAUUGUGCUUUUUUUUAAAAUGUAUCUUGAUAUCUGGAUGUUGGAUGUCAGAGAGCAAUUUGAUGCUACAUAUCAGUGGCUGAUGAUUUUGUUAUUUCAUUCUUUUAAAUGACAUAACUUUCCUUUGUGUUGUAACAGAGGAGGUAAAGCUGCAAUCUUCCCAGCAACUGAAAAUAACACCAGUCAUGGUGAACUGUUUUGUGAGGUUAUCCUUAGGUCCAAGAGGUGAUUACCAGAAGGAUAUUUUCAUGUUUUAUUUUCAUAAGAUAGUAAUACAAACCAAAUUGAAAAAAAAAAGGGAGCUUUAAAACACUACAUAAAGUUUUUCUUCAUUUCAGUGCAAACCAAUCUAUGAUUUCCUUUAUCUCCACCUCUUGAACAAGGGCUCUAGGCUGUCUUGCAAAGUACCGAGGUGGACAAUGAAAACAAAUUUUGUGGUACCAAAAAAAAAUAUUUUUUUUUUUAAGUCACUGAUGGGUAUGUCAACAAAUGUGAGACCAAAACAUAUUUAAAGGCCGGAAUCAAAAUGUCACGAGCAGUUUUCUCAACAAAAUUUUCCACUAAAUUUGUUCUUUACUUUUCUUGGCUGUGCCAACUUUUAUAAAUUAAUAAUAUACAAAAUUCACCAGAUAAAUUUUCAUUUCAUUGCUUACAAUAUUUGUACCUAAAUUAAAAGCUUGCAUUUUUAGGGUUAUUUAAUGUUGAACUUUGCUUUCAAUUACAACGGGAUUUCAUUCUUAUUAAACGUUAGACUUAGAGAGCUAGUGAGGUGGAAGCAUUUCUAUUGAUGUGUGUACUUUGUUCUGGCAAUGUUGACUGAACUGCUUAGUUGAUUUGUUGAAUCCCAACACUCAAACAUCCAGUUCUUCCCACAAAAUAAUGAAUCAUUGGAACUCUGUAUAAAAUAUGCCAAUAAAAGUAUUCUGUUCAUUUGUAUAUAGGCACAUCUUUUUAUAAAUGACAUGUAUUUACCAAAGUUUCUGGAAUGACAUCUAUAUUAUACUUACUCCCUUGCGUUCUAUUUUGAAGUUUUGUAAUCUACUAUGUUGUUGUCAAGGAUUCACAGUAGCGACUUCUUAUACAUGAGUUUCUCAGGAGAGGCUCAUAUUGAAAACUUACAGUGUUUGAAUGUUGUUGAUUGUACAAGUUUGCUUGCACUGCACAGAGAAGAGCUUUAAGAGCUGAUUUUUUAAAUUAUUGUUUCAAUACUUUAUCACAUGUUACUCUCUGUCAAAUUCAUGGUAUUUUCAUUAUUUUUGGCAUAUAAAGUACACUGCAACCUGUUAAGUGAUCUGAUGUAUAGGAAUAGUUUAAGUAUACUCACUCUAGCCUAUAAGGUUAUUUUCAUUAUAGUUGCAUUGUAAAAAUACUAGUUUCUUAACUAAACGUUAUAGUUAUUUUGUUAAGGGUAGUGUCCUAAGUAAAUAUUUUAUUAUAUUGUUGAGGAUAGUGUUGUAAAUUAAUUUUUUUAUGACUUUGUUAAGAAUAGUUUUGUUAUUAAACAUUUUAGUUACUAUAAUUUCUUAAGGUUAGUGUCAUAACUAGAGUAGCUUCUUCUCAUCCUAGUUGCAGCUGAGAACUAUGGACACAACACACACAUUUGUUCCACUUGAUAUUAUAAUACCAUCAAGUUUUUAACCUUAAAAAAUUACUCUGGGCUGAUUAAUCUAAAAGCCGUUGCGAGAAAAGCUGCUCUAAGCUUGCCAAAAAUGGUCUUGCCUACACUUUGUAUUUCAUUGUUAACCUUUAUUUCCGCCUAAGCUUUUUUCUUGAUUGUCUCAUGUGGAUAUUUUAGUGCACAUACCUUUUUCCAUUGACUUAUUUCAAUCUUUAAUACAUUCUAAGAGAUCUUUUCAAGCAAAGUGAAUAUCAUUUUUGUUUGUUGCUGAUGUAACAUUAAGUUAAAAACUUGAAUGUAAAUAUGAAAAAAAUGCAUAGUCAACAUUUAAUUCUUUUUUAAGAUGGCUGUUCAUAAGAACACAUAUCUAGAUGAUUUAGUGACAUGUUAAUAUAUGUUUUAUUAUUGUAUUGUAAUGCAACUGUUUACGCACUAUUGUUUGCAAAAAGGGGAAAAAAUAAUCAAAAUUAUCGAGGAGCCUGGAGCCCUUUCUUCCUUCAUAGCAUCAUACAUAAUUUUUAGUUUAGCUCAUUAUUUGGGAAUUUAAGUAGUGCAAUAGGUAUUGGCGAAAUGAAUACUGUGUGUCAAAUUUUAAUGAAUUCAGCCUGUACCUAGAAAUCAGAAAACAUUAGCCAAUUUUAAAAAUUUAUUUCAAAAAAUAAUUUUAAUUAAUAAUUUUCAAAGACUUAAAGAUUAAAGCAAUAUCUGUAAAUGAAAUAAAUUCACAGUCAAACCUAAACACCAUCUCACAGAUGAUAUUUAAUUUACAUGCCAGUUUGGUGUUGUCAAUGAACUAUCCUGCUAGGUACCAAAAAAUUAAAUUUGACUUUAGAUGUAAAAGAGAUCUUAUUUUUAUUUAUAUUAAAUUUAAAAAAAGCACUUAAAGAUAAAAUGUCAUUUCAUGAAAUGCAGAAAUAAUGAUGUGCUAUUGAUACUACAGUACUGUAACUUGCUUCCAUUUAGAAUGUGUAGUCAAACUUUUCUUGAUGGUGCUAACAAUUAAUGAAUGGACUUCUCUUAGUUUGCAAUAUGAUGUCAAAAAGCAGUGUUUGACUUAUGUUUUGAAACAAACUCAAGAGCUUACAAAAAUAAGAGAUCACUACCUUUGUGUAUGAUCAAUGCAUUAGUCCACCUGAUCUAGUCUGUCAUGAAGGCAAAAACCAACAUCAGUCCACAAUAUACCUCAUAUGUUUUGUCUUUAUUCUUCUUCAUUUGAAAAUCAAUGAUGGAGUGGUGUUUUAAAAGAUAUUAUAGAGAUGGCUGUUUAGCGGUUAUAUAAUUCAUUAGCAAUGUUAGGUUGUUACCGUGUACGUUUCACUUCAAAAACCAGAAAGCACAGAAAUAUAUUUUUGGAGACCCUAAAAUUUGAAGGUAAAUUUGAAAAUUAAAAACUUCAUAUGAACUUGAAUUCUUUCAUCUUUGGGUAACCAUUAAAAUUUGUAUUAUAUUGUGAUACAGGUAAGCAAUUGUACGGUCCAAGUACCAAAGAAUGUUUUGUUUGAAUUUAAAAUGUAUUAUUUUAUUUAAAAUCUUUUGUUAUCUCAUACUUACAUAUUUUUCUCAAAACAUUGCUGUAAGCUUUAAGCACUUUUUUUAAAGGGAUAUUUUAGAAAAGUAUAAGUGUCAAAUAAUUUUCUUUUAAAUAUAUAUUUGGAACAAUUAAAAGAAACAAAUUGAAUUUAAAUUUAUUUAAGGAAAUACUUUGACAACUUUCUGUUAUUACUAGCUUGAAACUAAUAAUUUUACAUCAACUAAUUUAAUUCAAUAAAUUUUCAUCAGCACCCAAAUAUUAUGAAUCAUUUUAUUGUAUUUUAAAAGUCAUGACUAAAGAGUUUUGUCAAUGUAAAUAUUUUACAAUGACAUUUGACUUAUUCAUCAAUUCCAUCUUAGGGCUGUAUUUGAACUGUUUUCUUUGCAACAUCAGCAUUGUACUUGUUCUGAUGUUGUAUUGCAAUGAUUUUUUUUGGUCAGUUAUAAUUCACUGUAUUGUACAAUUUUCAUUCUCAUUUGCUUAAAAAACAGCUGAAUUUAUUACAUUUUUUUAAAGGAAUGUUUACUUAUAACUUUCUUAUUUUCUUCCUCAAAUUAUUUUUUUUUAAACAAUAAUUUCUUACUUAUGAGGUUUUUAUUAAAAGAGCAGCAACGGUUCUGGGAACAUAUACAUUAGAAUCAUAUUUCUUGUUAGUAAAUUGCAUGUGUUAAAAGAAAAAUCUAUUAUUUAAAGUUAAAAAAUGCUAACAUAUUUGAAUGACAGUUUUCAAGGGACUGUGAGAACUUAAGUUUUAAUUUUUACCUUAAAUAUAUUUUAUCUAAAAAAUAAUGAUCCAUCUUAUCCUAUCAUGAAAACCUCUAAAGUCUAAGGAAUUAUGAGAGAGAAAAAAUACAUUUGUACAACAGUAUUUACUAAGUUAUUAAUUAAAAUUUGUCCAUUACUUUAAAUACCAUAUGUAUUUUUUUCCUCUUUACAGUAAUAGUCAUAUUCUGGAAGUGUUUAAAUUGUGAAAAUAUUCUUUGUAUGUCAAAAACAACUUUAACAACAAAAAAAAACAAAAAAAUCAAAUGAUUGUCUUCCAUGCUAUUUUGUUACAGUUGCCACAACUGACUAUAUUUAAUUACACUAUAAAGAUACAAAUCCAACAUUGAAAGAAUGUGUUAUUUCUUGUUAAUUCUUCUACUAACCAGCUUGUCACAAGUUCCAAACUAAAUUUCCCAAGAGAUAUGCCAUCUUCUCUCAGUAUAGUUUUGGAAGUUGUUUUUUUUUCAUUUCAUUCUGCAUGCACCAAGAUGGUUUUUUUUUUUUUACCAACACUUUGGAGGGGGGUGACAAAAUUGAGACUUGAUAUUGUGCUUUUUUUUCUUCUCUUUUUGCAUGCAUUUUGGAAAGCUGCUUCAGGAUUGUUGGCAUUGUUUAAACAUGAAAAAUUGAAUUUAUUAAACAUUUUUGCAUUUAGUAUUUAGUCAAUUUCUUGACACACAUUUUUCUAUAUGCUUUCAGGGUGGGUAUUUUUAAAAAUUAAUAAAUGAUUUCUUUAAUAUACCGGCUACCGAAGCUAUACCAUGAGUGUUUUUUUUUUUUUAAAGUCCACAUUUGUAACUUCUAGAACUACAAUUAAGCUUUGAAAUGUGUGACAUAAUGAAUCAACCUGAAAGUGGGAGCUAGUCCUUCUUGUUAUAUAUAAGGUUGUUUUUUUUUUUUUUUUUUCUUUUUGUUAAAAACAAUGUUUUUUUAUUUAAAGUCCACAUUUGUAACUUCUAGAACUACAAUUAAGCUUUGAAAUGUGUGACAUAAUGAAUCAACCUGAAAGUGGGAGCUAGUCCUUCUUGUUAUAUAUAAGGUUGUUUUUUUUUUUUUUUCUCUAUGAUAACAACACUGUGUUUUUAUAACAUCCAUGUGUGUGUUGGAAGCUAACAUUAGAUCUGCUUUAGCCCUGGUCCUCUUAAUCUAACUUGGAAUGUCAAUCACCUGAUUAUUUUGAAUGCAUUGCACAAAGAACAAGCAUGCCAAUAAAAACACAUAGGCAAGGACGUGUCCCUGACUUGACUUGGAUCUUACACUGUUCUGUACCAUUGCUAUUGUUGUAGACAUAGGUACACAGUUUUGUGUAUUGGCUCCUUAGAUGAAAUUGUCUUGUAACAUAAUGAAAAAAAUUGAUGCCUUGUUUGUUCAAUAGCUGAAUGUAUUUUGCAUUGUAUUAUUAACGCUUUAUUACUAUUUUACCAUUUGCUAUUCCAUUUAAUGCAUUGGCAUGUUGUUAUGGCAUCUUUCCUAUAACAAACUUGUGGUAUUUAACACUUCCAAUCUUCUUACACAGUUUACACAGUCAAAUUUGGUGUAAUUUUAUUCACUUUGUUGUUGUUGUUGUCACUAUUUUAGUUGAUGGUUCAUCAAAGACAUUUUGACAUUUAGACUCGGCACAAACAGUGAAACUGACUCUAAAGACAUUGAGAUGUUCACCACCCACGUGCAUGUUUUAUGCAGUCUCUUAACCAGUGGCGAUGAUGACAGAAAGACAGAACGUCAACAUGAUAUUAUUGGAGUCCAACACUGCUUUGGUGUUAAGGAAACAACUCGACUGUCUGGGACAUUUUAAGUUUUACAAUAGCCAGAGAAACAGUUUCCCUAAAGACAUGUUGAAAAACUUUUCACUGCAGGUCGAUUUUGGUGGUUAUAUUUAACUGAAAGUAUUUUCCUAUUAUCAUCAACAUUAUAAAUGCUAUCCAAGUAAUAAUGAUUGCUUCUCAGAGUCCAUUUUAAUUAUCAUAUUGUGAAGUACUUCCUUUUUUUAAUUUUUGGACCCCACAGAAAUAUGAUAUCAUUUAUUAUCCAUAAACUUCCAGGACCUUUUAUUUUAAAAAAAAAAGAAAAUUCUUUUCUUCCCCUUG